UACACUGAAGGGGCUAUCCUGUAUAAAUAAAGAUGUCUACUCUACUCUACACUUGUAAUACUAUCCCCCGAUGGUUGAUGAAAUCAAUCAUACGCGCAGCACAUGAUCUCCCUCGCCUUGAUCCGUCAUCGACGAGACUGACACACAAUACCUCUUAGACCGAAAGUCAAUUGUUUUCAUUUGGUAUUGCGUGACGAGAAAGUUAAAAGCACGGGACAGGAAUCAUCAAGAAAAUUCGAAUUUUUUGGUUGAAGAUUUCGUCUCUUGUAUGGACGAAAUCAAAAAUCUUUGAUGAAAAGUGACCAUUGAAAGAUCCCUUGGAAUAUCUUGAAAACUUUCAAGAUGUUUCUGAUUGCUUUUAUGAUGGUAAUGUUUUCUGUUGGUGCGACAUUCGAGCUUUUCAUCUCUCAAAAACGUGGCGUCGAUAACUCGAGCUGCCUGCAGCGAAACGCGAGCAAACCUUGUGGAUCUCUCAGCUAUGCGCUUCAAAUUUUACACGAAAGUGCCUUUGAUGAAGAGACAGUCUUUGAGUUUUCUAUAGAAGACCGACUCUACAGUUUGGAGGAAGAUGUUCAGAUUUUACAGCCUCGAAUGAACAGGUAUAUUCAUAUAACAUCCAGCAAUGUUUCUACAGUAAUACGCAGUGCCAAUGGCCUUUAUACAUCAGUGAUCACCAUAGGGUUGCAAGACGCAAAAGCCAUCACUACUUAUAACGUCCAUGUAUCGAACAUCGAGUUUGAAGAAUUCUCUCCCUACGUUGCGGCUGUUGUUAUGGUUUGGCAAUCCAACAACAUCUCUUUCACCAACUGUGGAUUCCGAAACAACAAUCGAUCUGGUUUAAACGUAUUUGACAGCGGUGUUAAAGUAGAGGGUUGCUCCUUUGUCAAUAACACCUCCAACUUGCAAAUACUCAGGGAAUUAGACAGUCGGGUAAUUCCAACCUCCGUGUCCAUCUCUGGGGGGGCAGGUUUUGUGUUUGAACAUGCAGUUGGUUUAACUCUUGUCAUCCGAAACACAAAUUUCACUGGUAACACAGCUGCAGUGAAUAAUUCAGAGAAUUUCAUUCCUCCUAGUUCAUUAUCGCUUCUCCCUGGUUUAAACCUGAUAGGUGGGGGAUUAGUAAUAGUGUUCAGGUCAAACGCAAGUUCAUGUGGCGCUCUGGUUGAGGACUCAUCUUUUGAUCAUAACCAUGCUACGUUUGGAGGAGGAUUGUUCUACGGCUCCAUUCAGACGGCUGCAAGGAAUUCAAUGGAAAUAAAAAGGUCGAGUUUCUCGAAAAACCGAGCAUCGCAAGGCGGAGGCGGUUUAAGCAUCACUGUUUCCGGUGCAUCGUCAGGUAACGCAAUCCGUGUCACGCAAUGUGUUAUAAGAGAGAACUGGUCUAGAAGAGGUGGUGGUUUAAAUGUAUUUUUAAUGAGUUACUUUGGACCAUUCUCUGGAUCUCUGAUGCAGUUUAAAAACGCUACCUUAGAUGGAAACAGUGGCCGUGCUAGUGCUGCUGUUCGUCUCGAUACAACCCUUCCUGUCGGAUUUCCUAUUAAUGUGACACCAGAAUUUAUUGACUGCACGAUACAGAAUCACUGCGCAAAUUACCAGACGUACACAAGCGCCUUUACGAGUGAGAGGGUGAACGCAAAAUUUACUGGACGGAAUAUUUUUAGGGAGAAUCACGGUGCAGGAGCUCUAGAGUACCAAGAAGGUCGAAUACUCGUGAAGGGCUCCCUAGAAUUCGUAAAAAACUCAGGAUCUUAUGGAGGGGCCGCCCUUUUGAGCUCCAGUCAGAUUAUUCUGCACCCGGGUAGUCACAUGACUUUUCUUCAGAAUUAUGCCAGUGGUGUUGGUGGAGCAAUUUUUGUAUUUACGAGGUCGAAGUAUGAAUUCGUGCACGAGUAUAAUCCGGAAUGUUUUGUUACUUAUAGCGAAGAGAAGACUGCCCCAUCCAAAUGGAAGGCAACGGUGUCGUUUGUAAAGAACAGUGCUAAAAUCAAAGGCGCCGCCGUCUAUAUUUCGACACUUAGCGCCUGUCUGUGGAACGAGAAGUAUCCAUUUCAUAGUGUCCACGAAGCAAUCCGCUGGAAUAAUACGUUCGAGUAUCGCGGUAAUUUUAUCCUUCCCGCUAAGGAAUUUAAGGCGCUAAUUGGACCAGAGUAUGACAUAGCAACUGAUACACACCACUUUAAAGCAGAAGGGAAUCAAGACAUGAAUAUAGAGCUUUCGCCAGGUGAGGAUGUGUCGCUAAACAUCCAGGGUUAUGAUGAAUUAAACCACACAAUCUUCACUGUCGCGACUUUAUCUGAAACGGGAAUCUCUGACGCUGAAACCAAACUUCAACUGAAUAACAUCAUGCACUUGUUGUCUCCGGUCACCAAGCAAUCUCUACCGUUAACGUAUCGGCUGGCUAACAACACUGUGUACGAUGAGGUGAAAAAUAAGUCAGUGCACCAUUUUCAGUUGGAAGACAUCUUCUCCACACUUAAGAACAGAUACAUGUUUAACGUGACCGCAGUUCCUUGUAAACCAGGAUUCAAGUUUGAAGGCACACGGUGUAAAUGUGAUAAAACGAUCGAGGGCGUACUUAGAUGUGCUGAUGAUGACCGCACAGUCUACUUGAGAGAGGGUCAGUGGGGAGGAGAAAUCAACGGUCGCCUGGUAACGUACUUCUGUCCUCCUCACUACUGCCGCUGCGAGCGAGAAGGCGACUUGCCCGGAUGUGUAUUCAAACCGAAUGAUAUCGACAAUCAAUGUGAUCAUAACAGGACAGGGGUACUCUGUGGCAAAUGUCAGGAAGGCCUUAGUGUGGGUCUAAGAUGGGAAGAGUGUCUUCACUGUAACGGUGCCUAUUGGAUUUUUGCUAUUGUCGUCAUCGCUGUUGUCGCUGUGUGCGUCAUCAUCAUCAUACUCAAUCCCAGCCUGGCUAGCGAGCUUCGAGGACCCCUGUUUUUCUUCCAAGUCCUCCCCUUCAUCUUCAAACCAGACAACUAUGUCGGGCACGUGGUACUUUCUGUCGGCAACGUACUCAACUUUGGCAGCCCCUUCUCAUACUUCACGCACACGUGUCUUGUAUAAGGGAUGACGAA